AUGACUGUGCAUAGGAUACCACGACAGAAGACGUGCGCCGUUGUUGGUAACAGUGGAAUUCUUCUAAACAGCAGUUGUGGUGACGAGAUCAACUCCAACGACUUUGUCGUCCGAUGCAACAUUCCAGAAAUUGAAGGAUUCAGUCGUGAUGUUGGCAACAAGACAAAUGUAACCAACAUUAAUCUAACCAGAGUUAAAGACAUUCAUCAGUAUGCAAAAAAGAACAGUGACUCUCCUAAUUUCAUUGAUAACUUCCGGUAUCUAAACAACACAAUACUUUGGACUCUUGGGUCAUCUCGAACAAAAAGAACAAAAAAUCUGGUAUAUUCCGUCAAGUACCUCAAGUCAAAAUUUAAUCUGAAUUUCCAGGUGGCUUACACGGAAGGUGAACAAAGCUAUAGUCAUAUAUUAAGAGCAAUGAAAUUCAAAAAGGCUCCAACAGGAGGAAUGCUUACCAUUGGUGUCGCUGUAUGUCUCUGUGAUAAAGUCAGUGUAUAUGGAUUCUAUCCAUUUCCAGCUGGUCCCGAUGGCAGAUUUGUUCCCUAUCACUAUUUUGGAGAGUUUACAAAUAUUACAGCUGGGUCUUUCAAAACACGACAUGGUUACAAUCAAGAAUACUCGAUAUUGCAGAAGUGGCACCAGGAGGGACUUUUGAAUUUUGUCUCUGAUACAUGCACAAAAUAA